CUUGACGGCUGGUUGAGUUUUUGAAGGGGAGCGACUCGUCUCAUCUGCUCCUCGAAGGAAAAGUGAGCCGCGGGCUGGAGCCCACCUGAGCCCUCGUAUCUUAAUUAGACCGCAGCCUGUUUGAACUCUCGUCACGGUCCACAAUACGGCUUAAAACAUAUCUCGAAAGUGCUGUUUAUAAAUGUAGAUUAAAAUAAAAUAUCACUCGUCUCAAACAUUGGAUUUUUCCUCUUUUUUUUUUUUUUUUCUGAAUGGGAGCGAAUCAGAAGAAGUACUGCUAGCCUCGCGCCGCUCGGCUCAAUCUCGUGCGUUUCAGCUCGUGUCAACUUUGUGGAAAUAUGUAACAGUGAGAAAUGAGACUGUAACAUGGAGCAGUCGGCUACUCUCGACAUAGAGACGCUGAAGAUUACCCAGGAGCAGUUUAUCCUCGCGUCCCAGUCCCUGCACCUCCAGCGACCAGGCUGCGAUGCCGUGUACCCAGUGGGUCUGUACGGCUGGAGGAAAAGAUGCCUCUAUUUCUUUCUGCUGCUGCUCUUGGUCACCAUGAUAGUGAACCUGGCCCUCACUGUCUGGAUCAUAAAGGUCAUGAAUUUCUCAGUGGGUGGAAUGGGAAACCUUCAGUUGAGCGAGGAUGGUAUUCGCCUGGAGGGAAUCUCUGAGUUUGUUCUGCCUCUCUACGUGAAUGAGAUCCAGUCCAGAAGGGACAGCUUGUUGGUCUUGCGAUCAGAAAAGAACGUAACGAUGAACGUCAGGAACGACCAAGGCCAGCUGACUGGGCAGCUCACAGUGGGACCUGAAGCUGUGGAGGCCCAGUGUCAGAGGCUGGAGGUACGAAGUAAAGAUGGAGGCAGACUGCUGUUCACCGCAAAUGAGGAGGAGGUCAUUAUGACAACCGAAAAGUUCACCAUCACAGGCUCAGAAGGCGCCGUGUUUGGACAUUCAGUAGAAACUCCCCUGAUCCGGGCGAGGGCUUCUGAAGACCUUAAGCUGGAGUCUCCGACGCGGACCCUGACCAUGGAGGCUCCCAGAGGGGUGGAAGUGAGCGCAGCCAAGGGGCCGCUGAAGGUCAGCGGGCGAAAGGACCUGCAGCUGGAGUCCACAGAGGGAGAGAUACUUUUAGACGCCAACACCAUUCAGCUGGGUAGCCUCCCGCUCGGCAUCUACACGGCGUCGCCCACUCAGGCCUCCCAGGAACUGGCAGUGUACGAGGUGUGCGUCUGCCCCAGUGGCAAGAUCUACCUCUCUCCUGCAGAGAGCAGCUCCACCUGCCAGGCCAUGAGCAACAUCUGCCUCUGGAGCUGACCUGGGAGCAGCGUCGGUGAUCGAGGACAACAUCUGCUCCGGAGCCCACCGAGAUUGAGACUUCCUCCCGUUGGUACAUUUGGAGCGGAACUCGCCACGAAGACAUGGAGCUCGAACCUCUUCACCGUCUGAGCUGUUUGAGUUCAAGAUUAGCGCGGGAGCAUCCGAGUCUGCCGCCUGCAGUGGUCAGGACUCUCGUACCGCUGACGGUGUUCGAGGGAUGGCAGUCAGAGCAGCUCUCUGAAAUCAGGAAUAUGACCUACGAAAAGGAACGUUCCCACUACCUUAUAUUAGAGUCAGAAGACACACCCUUUAUUUUUCUACUUUCGGUUCAUCGUAAAACAUGCAGUGACUAUUUUGAAAGAAUAGACGAGAAAAGGUAACACACAGGUGCCUUCAGCUUUGAAAGAAGUCGUAUUGUGAUUAAUAUUGAACCUGUCUGUGCAGUUGGAGAGAGAUAGUUAAAGGUUUGUAGUUGUGGUGGUAGAAAGACAAGUAAGCACAAUUCUUUCAUGUCCCCCCCCCCAAAAAAAAAAAAUCCAGAUUUUAAGAUUUUUUUUAAAUGACCACAAUAGAUAUUUUAGUUUUUUUCCACUAUGUCAGAAGCUGUUUCAUGAAAAUUAAACAUGUUUUUAUGUGGCA